GCAAUAAAGUUCUGUGACAGCAACAGUUGCAAAAAGUUCUCAACUCUUUGGUCUACAAACUACCCGUAAACGAGCAAUAUGAAGUCGCUUUUACUUUUAGUAAUGUGCCUUUGGCUCCUGAUAGCCGCGGCCUGUGCCUGCGAUCCCGAUAGCGAUGGCAAGCCGGUGUGUCCGGCAAACUCAAGUGGUACGACGUACAGAAAUUUCUGGGAUCCAACACGUUAUUGGGUUUGUAAUGGCGCCGGUGAGCCAACUUCGGAACGCUGCCCGAGUAAUACUGGUUAUAGUGGUACCACCAAUAAAUGUAUACCAUGGAGCGAUUGGGUGUGGGUACCACCAUGCGGCAGCGAUUAAGGAUUGCUCAAUAUAAAUUUGAGUGAUCCGAUCCAAUCUUACCUUUGCGCUUGUUGCUUUAUCUAAUUGAAAUUUAUUGUGUUUGUUGCUGCAUAAAUUUUUGUAAAAAAUAUUAAUAAAUAAACAUGGUUUUCUGGCAUUAAAAACAAA